AUGUCAACCCGCAACCGCAUCCCCCAAUUACUAGAACCCUACUUCCGCCUCCCGCCCGAGUUAUCCCUCAUUCUCCUAACAGGCACACUAGGCUGUACCCCAACAUGGCUCACCUCGCUCUACGUCAGCAGCAUUCUCAGUCCCCAACAGCAGCAACAAGGGGAAGCGUACACUGUACUGCUCGUAAGCUGGAUGCGCGAUUUGAAGUUCUGGAAAACGCAGAUUCGUAGGACGACGGGCCUCGACCUCUCCAAACUCGCAUCCGAGCAGCGCUUCCACUUCGUCGACUGCACGAGCACAACUCUCCAACAUCCGUCCACCUCGAAAGACAUACUUGAAUCCACCGUCCAACAAAUGCAAUCCGUGCUCUCCAAAAUCGAAUCUCACCAACCGAAAUCCCGCACAAUCUUAAUCCUCGACAACCCCGACAUCCUCCUAGCAACGGCCUCAACAACCGCGUCAAACCUGCACCAAGCUCUGCUCCCCCUGCGCUCAAGGGUCCACGCAACAAUCGUUUCGCUUACAGCGGAUUCGCCUUUCCUCGCCGCCGCAGCAGCAGCAGCCACCGAAGAAGCAUCAAAGUCGAGAUUCUCGCCGGUGGAGGUGCAGACUUCCGCUUUCGUGGUGCUCAUGGCGCACGCUGCGAGCUUCGUGGUCGGCGUGAGGGAGUUGUUGACGGGGGCGGCGAGGGAUGUUAGUGGUGUCGUGCGGAUCACGAGGGGUGGCGGCGCUUAUGAGGGUGAUGAAGCUGGAGAUGUGAAGGAAGUGGAGGCGCUUUACUUGGUUCAGCGGGAUGGGGGCGUGAAGGUGUUUGGGAGGGGGCAGAUGGGUGGUUGA